AUGCAGCCUGCCCAACCUGUCAAGCAGUUGACACCUUAUUUCUGGGGCAAUAAAGAUGUCCCAGAACCUCUUCCAGUAAGCGGAUAUGAAGAAUGUCGGAAUCUAAUGGGUGACUGUUCCCUUCUUCGACUGGACGGGAUUGUGACUUGCGGUUUGGAAAAGCUGAAUUCCGUUUUCAAGGCGAUAGAUGAACAUGGGGGAUCAAAGAUUCCACAUCGUCAUCUAGUUGAUCUCAAGCUAUCGCCAGAACUGCAACAAUGGCGAACGGAUCAACAUCGUGCUGGACGUGUAUUGCCAUCUAAAGGCAGCGGCUUGGCACGAGUGCCAGACAAGGUCAUCGAACUUCUAAAUGCACAGGACUGGCCUGAGCCGCUGUUAACUCGGGCCGCAUUCUUCGGCUGUGGUCUGUUCAAUAUGCUGUGUGGAGCCUACGAUGCCCACACACUCUACUCGAAUUAUUGUCUUGACAUGAUUUUCUAUUGGGAGCAUGCCUAUCAUCAUGUGUUUCCAGACUUUGUUAGCACCAUCGAACAUGCGAUCCACGACCCUCAUGCGCUAGUUACGCUAGGCGGCAGAGAUCGAAGGACCGCCGCAGGUUUGGCCCUGCGAUACAUGAGAGAAAAGACAUCGCUAGAAGAGCAAUACGUCACACACCUCUCGGGUAAGGUAGCACGGGUCAAUCGUGACCAAGCGCUACCUUUAUGGAUUUGCGAGAGUUCUAUCUGGCCAUGUGGUGUUGAGGCAAUAGCACGCGGCUUCGAUUGUGCGGCUACAGCACAUGACUUGAUGCAGAGUGUUCCAUUAACCGACAUCGUGGACGUUGGAUCUGAUCUUGUCAAUUCAGAGCUACUAAAUGCACUGUUGAAUACAGCAGAUAUUUGCGAUGCUGGGGUCAUUACUGAGGAAAACCUGAGAUGUGCCUAUGAUGCAUGUGUACAAAACAGUGCAAGGAUGUUGACUGAGCGUUGGUCUGACCCAAGCGCUAAGAUAUGCAUGGACCUUUACGUCUGGCAUAUCCUCAAUGAUCGGCAUAACUUUCUUCGCAGGGCAUUGCUCGGCUACCACAAAGUGCGGAAGACAUAUACUGAGCAGAGGGAGGCUGACUUUGGCGAAACAUUCGAUCCUGAUUACCGGACGACGGGUUUCAGUCGACCUCUUCAGAGUCCUUGCGAUGGGCAUGAAUACUGCGAUCAUGUACAAAAGCGAUUGAAGUCGACAAGGAACGGAACCUGGUUGAAUGCCUUUCAGUGGCAAUAG